AGGUCGUGCAGUUUUUUCCCCGGCGAUUCCCACAUGUCUUUAAUGAAGAUUUACGUGUAAUCAAAAACGAAGAGCACUCCUAUCUGGGAGUUCCUACUGCAGUAGUUUACCACCAACAUUUUCCUUUCUUUUUCGAAGAUCGUAAGAAUUGCUAUCAAGUGACACUAACGUCCCUCUAUCGGUAGAGUAGUAUUCGUACUCCGAAUCGUCAUCGGUAUCGUACGCGUACUAAUUCGUAUCGUUCAGCAAGCUAGUCGUAAUCGGUGUGCCAGCGCAAUAAUUAUCUGUCGUGCUAUCGUAUAUAGGUCGUGCUAUGCAUCGCGCCAUCGCAGUAGCAGUACCAUCGUUGUACCACCAUGGGUCCACUCGUGAACGCAUAACGUCAGGUGCCUUGAGUCAACUGGCAACUUGCAUUCCCACUCUAAUAAAGUCACAGCGUUCCCGCCGUUGUACGGUUCUACUUUUGGAGGGUCAGCAAGGUGUUCCCCUUCCCACAUUUUCCUUACAAGAAGACUAUUAGCAGUAGCAUCUUCACACAUCACAGCGAGCUCCAGACUGUGUUCAAGAAUUUCUUCAACAGUGAGUGCUUUCUACGCAACAUCGUAAACUAUUCCCAAGAGCCAUGACCUCAAAACCCGCGCCUGGGCGUUGCACGUACUUUGAAUUCCGGAAAAAGCUGCGCGAAGACGCUGCUUGGGAGGAGGAGGCAAGACGCUUGCGCGCAACGCGGGCCCAGCUAUCAAAUGUAAAAAUGUCUGGGCCUGGAAGAAUGCAACUUGUCAUGCUCAAUCGGAAGCAUGCAAAAAUCUGUGUUGCAUGAUUGCCAAAAGUCGUCCAGUUUUGGCCAAGUCGGGAGGGAGUUUCUCAUGCAGGAUAGGCAUGAGAGAGAUCGCACAGAAUCUUUCAUGCUAGGUCCUGCAUUCCAGACCUCAUGGGUCAUGGAAAAGCUGCAUGACAAGUCGCGCACUCUUCCAGACCCAGACACUUUUACAUUUGCUACCAGCACGAGGUUGACCACGACGCAGACAGGAAAAGAGAAAAGGACGCAGAAAAUGACGAUGGCAGCACGUUCCACAAAGACUUCUAUCACAAGGAAAAAUCCCCCCUCCCCAUAUCAAAAGGAAGUUUCUGAUGCUGGAUUUGCGUAUACAAAUCAGGUCUGUCUUGCAGUAGAGGAAAGCAGGCUCCUGCCGAGCCUGAGUAGAGAGCUUUUGGCCUAGGCGCUUAGCAUGAGACACGUCUACGCUGUAGGCCCAACAGCAUCACAAAGAAACCGCCUGCAUAAUGCGGCAGAGCCUGUGGAGAUGUCUUCUUGCAAGACAGACGUGAUUUGUGGUCUCAAAUCAGCAAGACAAAUUUUCGCAAGCAUACCUUUUCGAUAUGGGGCGGGGGGAUUUUUCCUCUCAAUAACUUGAACUUCCAGGCUUUCCUCGUUCUCAAGUGGGAUGAGGAUGUCCUGGACUUCGACGGCGACUUCUUAGUCACCAGCACGAACCCCUGGCUCGAGGGAAUCAAAAACGAAGACCUGUAUACUAACACCACCGGCGACGUAUGCAUUGCAAAUAUGUCUGGGUCGGGAAGUAGAGUGUACACGUGUCAUGCAGGUUUUCGUUUUCCACGUUGUCUGGAAUGCGAGACCUAGCAUGACACAGUCUGUGAGGUGGUCUCUCUCAUGCCUAUCCUGCAUGAGAAACUCCCUCCCAACUUGGUCGAAAGUGGACAGCUUUUGGCACUCAUGCAACAGAGAUUUUGGCAUGAUUCGGAUUUAGCAUGACAAGUCGCAAUCUACUUCCAGACCCAGACACUUUUGCAAUCCAUACGACGGUCGAACGAACUAUGGUGGCGCGGACGCAGCUUUGCACGCUUUGUGUCCGAAACUCGCGGAUCAGAGCCGACAGGCGCUGAAGGAGCAACGGGACAGGCAGAAGCGGCGACAACGCGCCCUCCGCGACGACCGCCGCAGAUUAUGCAUUGCAAAAGUAUCGUAUUCGUAUAAAGAUAAAUGCAUUUACGAAUUUCCUCAGCAUCAUGAGAAAUAAAAUUUGUAAUGCGGACUUAGGUUAAGAACAAGAUUUGUAAUGCAUGUUUGCAACUACUACGAGUGCGAUACUUUUGCACAGGAUACAGAUCUGCGACGGGCGAAUCUUUGGAAAGCGGUGUCGGAUCGUCGCCGAGGUCUAUCAAAUGCAAAAGUGUCUGGGUCUGGAAGGUUGGAACUUGUGAUGUAAGCUUUGGACUCUAAACAAAUCUGUAUUGCAUGACCAGCAAGGUGAGGAGUCUAGUUUGUGCUACGCAGGGAGGGCGUUUGUCAUGCGGCGAAGGCAGCUUCAGCAAGCCCUCUAAAAAUAUGUGGUGCUAGGUCGUGCACUACAGACACCCUGGGCCAAGCAAAAUAUGCAUGACAAACUCACGUCCCAGCCGUCCCAGGAGUUUCUGUUGCUGUCUCUCGAUAGAAAUCGCGCUGUCGAAUUUAAAUAUUUCUGUCUUAGAGUUUACCGAGUGCGCGGCUUAAGUUUCUUUGUAGGCUUAAUUUAUUCAGGGACACCCUGCCCUUAAUAGUCUCCCAACAUGACAAACCCGGCAACAUUCCAGACCCAGGCACUUUUGUAUUUGAUAGGGUCGCUCGGGGACAAGUCGAUCGCAAGACUGGGGUCUGGCGACGUCGUAUUCGCUUCGCCGAGAGCUGAUAUUUCCGAGCAGGAUCAUAUCAGCGAGAACUCCGGAGACCCGAUACAGGGAGAAAGUACAGCAAAACCGAAGAAAGCGCCGGUCGUUCGUCGCAUGACGCUCGACCCCUCCGCGCUUGGCGUGGACCCUAGAGCGGGAAUGAAGAAAAAACGCAGUGGCAGCAGCGGUUUCGGGGAUGUAUCAACUGCAAAAAUGUCUGGGUCUGGAACGAAGCAACUUGUCAUGCUAAAUCUGAAUCAUGUGCAAAUCUGUGCUGCAUGAUUGCCGCAAGCUGUCCACUUUUGACCUAAUCGAGAGGCAGUUUCUCGUGUAGGAUAGGCAUGGUAACACUAACGCAGUAGAAUCUGUCAUCAUGCUCAUAUGUCCUACAUACCAGACCUCAUGGGUCAUGGAGAACCUGCGUGACAAGUCUGGCAUUCUUCCAGCAGACCCAGACACUUUUGCAGUUGAUACGAUGAAGAGGAGAACAAGACGGAGGCAGUUUUUCUGGAGAAAAAAGUCUACUCCCCGCGCGCAGGGGGCGGUCCAUCGCCUUUAGCGUCGCCGCGAUCAGGGCAGGGGACGAUGAUCUCGCCGAGAGCGUCUCCGAAGGCUUCUCCAAGGUCAAUCGCAUCUGGGAGCAGGUCGGGGACAGGAAGCCUUAAUGUCGAAGGAAAGCACAUGGCGCCUUCUCCGUCCGCUUCCCCACGGGCUUCUUCGCCUCGUCUCGUCUCCCCGCGGAACCCGCGGGAUGACAUACCUGCCCCGCGUGCAGGGUCUGGCGGGACCCACGUGAUCAAAAGCCGGCCGUCACAGCGGACGAUGGGGAUGCGGUGCGGGAGUAAGGAGUCCAACGUUACGCCGACGUACGGGACGCAAGUCAGCUACGGAAGCGUCAGGAUUGAAAUCGUCAAAGUUGAAAUAAUUUCGCAUGCAUAAUUAAAUUGCAAGGCAUGGAGUGCCUCUCUUGCAGGGAUGGCAAGUGAGGCCGACUGUCAGCCUGUUUCUUUGGGGUCUGCGAUGCAGCUGCCAAAGUAGCAUGACAAAGGACGCCUUCUGUCCCUAAACAGCAUGACAAACUGGACUUAGAGGACGGUGCCGAAAUCUGUCAUGCGCCGCUUGGUAAUUGGGCUUUCAACUGGUAUCGAUUUUAUGCAUUACAAGUUAUAUAUAAUUUCAACUUUGUCGAUUUCAAUCCUGACACUCCCAUAUCAGCCCGAUGGAGAGAGCGCCAGGAGGUCGCGACCAAAUCACACCGACUUCUGAAGCUGCAACGAGAAGCCCACGCGGGGACAUGAUGAGCCGGAGUGGCAGUCUGGAGUCCAACAUGGCCGCUUCCUUCAUCAACGAGUUAUCCGCCGGAGAUGUCGAUGUGGUCGGACCACUACGAUUAACCCCCGGCGAGGUCGUCGAAACCGACGCGCCGAAAGAAUUGGCGAGAAGAGUAGGCGUCAACAUGAACGGGCCGCCCGGGUCGAAGAAGUUACGAAUCUUACACGUGUGUCUCCCGGUGUACCCCCAGCCUACUCUCUCCGCCCGACUCGCCCGACUGAGCAAAGCGAGCCCGAGAACUGCUGCUGGUGAACAAGGUGGCGUGAGCCCCAGAGGGGCUGGCGGGCCUGGGACAGAGGCGGAACAGCAGGCACGGAUCAAAAAGGAGAAAAGAAAGAAGUACGAAGACAUCGCACUGACACCGGAAGUAUCAAAUGCAAAUAGGUCUGGGUCUGGAAAAUUUCGAGAUUUGUCAUGCAGUUUUUCCAAGCUCUAGCUCCACCAAGUCUGGAAUGCAGGAGGGCCUAGCAUGAUCACAGGUUCUGCAGCCCCUUGGUGAUGCCUUUUCUGCAUGAGAAACGGGGUCCCUCUCGGCAUGGCUAGAAAUGGGGACCUUUUGCAAGUCAUGCAGCCCAGAUUUUUGUAUGAUCCGCUUCCGCAACACGCAUCACAAGUUCGCAUCCUUCCAGACCCAGACACUUUUGCAGUUGAUAGGAAGCGGCACAACAGUGUUUGAGGGCUGUGUGCAAGGAAACACUGUUUUGGUCCGUUCUAGGGGCGACGAACCGGCUGUCCUUAUCGGCCAUUGCGGAAGGAGGUGGGGAACAUCAAAAGCAAAACCCCUCAUCUAUGGCGUUCUCAAUUGUUACAUUCUCAACUGUUGCAUGAGUUUGUGAUGCAAGAAUGGCAACAGGAAAAGGCCGGAUCUUGCAACUCUUGCAUUACAAAUUCGGCACAGAUUCCCAUGCUGUUUAGCCCUGCCAAAAUUUGUCAUGCGAGGCAGCUUCACUGUGUGGACGUUGGUGCUCAUUCUGCAUGACAAACCAUGUAACAGUUGAGAAUGUAACACUUGCGAACGCCAUAUCAUCUCCCCGUCCGCAAGACGACGGAGCUAUCAAAUGCAAAAAUGUCAUCUGGGUCUGCGUCUGGAAGAAUAUAUGUUUGUCAUGCUUGUCUUUCAUGACUCUUAACCUUAAGUCUGUCAUGCACGUUACCCAAGAGCUCCAUUUUUCUGUGAGGCAGGAACGCAGUUUGUGAUGCAGAAUAGGCAACACCUAGAAGCUCAGAAACUUGUCAUGCUGAGCCAGCAUUUGUGGCCUCAUCAUGAGACGCCACCCAGCAUCACAAGUUUCCAGACCCAGACACUUUUACACUCGAUAGGAGCCCGGUUGGUGCAACGAUAUACCAGGCUGUGCUACGCGCCGAUCGGUUGCGGCUGCAGGGAGUACCCACUGCAGGUCGCGGUGACGCAUGCCGUCAACGGGUGGUUUGAGGCCGUGCAGACGUUGAGACACCAAUCCCGGGGACGGGUCGCCGGGCAACUGAUCUCGAUCGAGGUGCGCUUCAAGAAGAACGUCGUCGCGUUUCGGGAGUGGGACAAUAUCCUGUGCAAAAGUAUCGUACUCGUAGUAAUCGCAGUCAUGGCAUGCAACACAAAUUUUCAUCUCAAGGAAAAACAGCAUUACAAAUUCCAUUUGUCAUGCUGAGCUAAUUUGUAAUGCGAUUAAUACUACUAGUACGAUACUUUUGCGAUGCAUAGACAACUUUCUCCGGCAAUCCUUGCAUGUUAGCACGGAAAAGGAUUACAAGAACGCAGUGCGGGAAUUUACGGUGAACAUGCGCGGAUUCGAUGGCGGCAGGUCCAAGUUGUGUUGCGGGUUUUAGGUGGAAGAUGGGCACCAGCACGUGGUCUGUGUCCUGCUUCAAUAUCGAGAACUUUAUGUGUAGCUGCGUUCCUAUCAAAGCUUAAGCUACCAGUAGUUACAUGUACAGUCUCUAAUACCUCCCAGAUGUAAGAACUGGAAAAGUAGUGGACGCCUGUGUCGUAGUAUUUCUGUCCAAUCGCGAUCAGAAGUUGAAGGUGUAAUUAUCAGGAACUGAAACAAGAACAACUUGGAACUGACAACGAAUUUAAGUAAAUGUGUGAAGCAGAUCCUGCAUCUUCGACACGGCACUCAUCUAUGGCUUGUGACAUUAUUGGAUCGCACUUCUACGUCUAAACAAAUCAGAAUUACGCGCGACAAAAUCUUCAGACGCACGGUUCACGAGUUGGAAUUCCAAAAACGACAAAAAUUUUCCGCUGGCCGCACGAUUCGGCAAGACCAAAGAACACGCUGUUCACGCUCC